UGAAGGCAGCACAGUUCCCAAGGAGAACCACGCAAAGGAACGAGGUCGUGAAUCCGGGAUCCUCCGGUAAAAUUCCUCAAAGGGAAGGACAGAUGCUAAAUGAAUGAGCAGCCAGUGUGUGGGUGUCUCUCAGUGCCGUUACCGUCCGACCUGCACGGGUCCCGGUCUGCAAGCUCACAUCAGAUCCUUCAGUCUGAGGAGCAUCGAGCGCUCAACCUGCUGUCUGAGUCUGAAUCUGAAUCCAGACAGAAACGGGACUUCUUCUCUCUGAUGGGAUGGAGGUGAAAUCGCCCUGAAAGCAACUCUGACUCAAGGCCACAUCUGUCUGGCUCUGUGGAAACUCCAGACAGAUUGCUGUACUGAGUGGAGACUGUGAAGAGGAAGCCGGGCACUUUGGGAUCUGAGCCAAUGACCUGUAGGAGGAGAGAGGGAGUGCAGCAGCUUGAUUAAAAUGGGGCUGCAGAUCUUCGUACCUGCUCACUAUGUGUCUGAGGGCCGCUCGCUCAGCCCACAGCCAUGCCAGACGUAAAGCCUCCACCGCCAUGUGAUUACCCCUCCACCACCUCCAUCGCAGCCUCUGGCGGCUCUCCUGCUGGCUGUGCCUCUCCCCUUGACCUCGUCAUAGACAUGGAGCCCUGCAUCGCCAACCUCCCCCUGUCCCCGGACCCCUUAGCCUCCUACCCCCACAGACACAGACCCAGUGUCCCUCACUACCCGGGCCACCAGGGGCCUCCCUUCCCACUCAUGGCCAGGUGUAACAGCAGCACCCUGCUCACUAACCUGGGGCUGAGGUACUGCUCCAACAGGCAGGACAUUCUUGGGGUAGGGCCGGAUGAGGGUCUGGCCCCGGGAUCCUGCAUCCACACAGGAAGCAAUGGAAGCAGGCCUUACCGGAGUAUGGAGAACCUGAACUGGAACACUGUGGCAGAUCCUGGCCUGUGCGCAUUCAGUGCUGCCCCCUACAGGAGUGUGGACAGUGAGUUUAUUUUACGCUACACCUCCAGUAGCCACUGGUGUGGCAGUCAUCCAGAUGGAUCUGUAGUGGGGGCCCAUGGACUUGUACCCAACCCAGAUAGCCUGGCGUUUUACCCCCGACAUGGGCUGCCCAGAAAGGACCUACCGCUCUUCCCUCAGUUGCUAUUUCCAGGUGGUGUCGAUGAAUGGGAUGCAAGAAAAGGCCUGAGAGAGAAACUCCGCCUCCAGAGUGCACGGUCAUCAGCUGAGCCUCUAAAACCCCUUCCAUUGCGGCCUCAGGUGACCCCAGGUGCUGCACCCAUCGAACGGGAGGGUGUGCAUCAUCACAUGAAUUCAGUAGGUGCUGGUCCCAAGCCACUGUGCGCAAUGCGCAUCACCAGCCCCGAGGAGAUCAAGCAAGAGGUCCUGAGGCGCUUGCAACUCCGACGGCAGAACAGCAGCCCCAACCUGGCCCUCCUCAGCUCCCCAUCCAGUCCGAGAGUGGUUAAGACAUCCUACACAACAGACAACAUUGCAGGUAACAGGAGUGGAUCAGACUCUGCAUCUGAGCACUGCAGACCUCCUGUGGGACGCCUACAUAUCCCUACGUUUGAGGAGUUUAAGAGGAUGAGGCAGAAGGAGGGAGAACAGAGCAAAGAGUCCACAGCUGGUUCUGUGGUAUCUGCAAAACCUGAGAAUGACUUGCCACAGGAAGCAGAAACAUCAGACAGUAAGACACCUUCUGAUGGGACUGUUCCUCAGUCCGACUCUAGUGGAGGAAACAGUAAACAGCAAAAAAAGGUGGAAGGAGAAAUGAGCACAGGUGAAAGGACAGGCAACAGUGGUGAAUCCCUGCAGACUGUCACUUCCUCAGAGAGAUCUCCAUGUAGCACUGUGAGCAGUAACAGCACUGCAGUUCCCACCCCCAUUUCCAGCACAUACUCUCCUAUACGCACAGGCCCGUCUCCACGUACACCUCUGCAGCCCCUGGCCAGCUCAGCCCCGGAGAAAGCCUCUGCCACAUGGGGAGAUGAUGGGAACAGCAGGCGUAGGAGGAGCAGUUUGGAACCAGCUGGGUCGGUUCCCUUCCCGCCCAGCAGGGAGAACUGGGAUCGGCCCUCCAGCUGCUGCCCAGCUCUCCUUCUGGAGGGGACGGACCUGUCCAGCUACGGAGCCAAGAUCUAUAAGAUGAAAGAUGGCCUCAUUGGAUCUGCACUGGACCUCAUCAAGAAGAGCUGCAGUGCAGAGAUCUCCGCCGAGGCCCCCGUCAGGCUGUCAGGUGACCGGGACGGAGGCUGUGACAUCACCGCCCCCUCGACCGACUGUCAGCUCUCCGCCGUUGCCAUGGCAACGUCGGCAACGGCCUGCAGAGCCGAGGCUGGCGACGAGACGCCUGCAGGAGGAGGAGGAAGAGAGGAAGCAGGAGAAUGCCACACCGGUCUGGGCUGCAGGCGCUCCAGCUCGGACGCAGCCUAUGAGCUGGCUGAGACGGUGAGGGCGCAGCGAGAGUGCCGUCUCCGGCCCCACUACAGCGACCCCAUGCCAGCAGACGCCUCCAAGCGCAAACAGCUGGAGAUGAAGAUCGCUGCAGCCGCCCGACUACACAGCCAUCGCAGAGACCGCGACAGAGACCGAGACCGAGACAGUGCUCCAGCAGCAAUACGUGGUCGUUCGGAGCCCCCCGGUGAGGAGCGCCAGGCAGGUCUUGGUGUGACCCGGUCUGGGCAGCACCGCUGGAGCACCAUCAGCAGCCUGAGUGCUGACAGUGGAGUGGUGGGCCUCAGUGAUGAGCGUGAGGAGGAGGAUAGUGAGCCUCGCCGUUACCGCAGAAACCGAGGAGCCGAGGUGGAACGGGUGGACAGCGGCAUUGGCCCGGGUCUGUCCCGCACCUGGAAGAGACCAUCUGCCUCCCUCAGAGCCUGGGAGGCCCAGAGACCCUGUCCAGACUGUGGACUGAGGGACGGGGCCUCCAAAGAGAGAGGAGAGCGCAUGUGUGAACGUUGCUCCAAGUUGCGCACCGAGCGCAAGGAAGCCAUCCUGGAGUUUCUGAACACAGAGUCGAGCUACGGUGAGGACCUGCGGAUCAUCAGGGAGGAGUUUUACUGCCCCAUGCAGAGUGCUGGGCUGCUGACAGCUGAGCAGCUCAUUGUGGUGUUUGGUAACGUCCAGGAGCUGAUAGACGUCAACGACCGCUUCACUGAACACCUGCAGGACAGCAUCGACCAGGCCUUUGACCAGGGAGAUGAAGAUCUGCUGACAGUGUACAUAGGAGAGAUCUUCCUGGAGUUUGUCAACAUGCUGCCCGCCUUCCAGACAUACUGCCUGCAGCAGUCCACCUCAGUCAACAUGCUCAACACACUGGAGAAGGAGAAAGAGCUGCUCAGAAUCUUCCUGGAUGUUUCCCAAAAUGACAACACGGCACUGCGUCGUAUGAACUUGCGUUCCUUCCUCAUGGCACCCCUCCAGCGCGUGACUAAAUACCCACUUCUACUGAGCCGAAUCAUUAAGGUCACCCCCGAAUGUCACCCGGACUAUGCACGUCUCCGUGAGGCCAAGAGUCGGGUGGAAUCCCAUCUGGAGCACAUCAACAUGAAGACCAAGCAGGAGGGGAAUGGUGUCACAUGGUCCCUCCGCUCGUUCCGCCGCGACAGCCGCAAAAAUCGGGAGGUCAUCAACAUCGAAAUGCGAGAGGUGUCGAUGAAGACAGUGGGCUGGGCUAGAGAAAACACACGAUUCGUUAUGGAGGGACCCCUUCAGUUGUCCCAGCCAGCAGAUGGUCAGUGGGUGAGGAAGGGCAGCAAGGCCCUCAAGUUCCAAAAUGUCCAGAGUCUGCUGAUGGUGAGGACACAGCGGGCCGGUGAAGCUCCAGGACAAGGCACUGACCUGGGGGCACGGGGGGAUCAGGGGGAGGGUGGUGGAGAUGGCAUUCGAGAUGGAGUGCUGGUUCUAAUCAAGGACAAGAGCAGCGGGAAGUUCACAGUGCUCAGAGAGCCCAUCCGUCUGGGAAACUGUGUGGUGUCGACGGAUCCGGACUGCGAGGACACAUUCGAGGUGCUCGAUAUUCGGCGAGAGUCUUUCGUUUUCCGUGCCUCGGACAAAUCUCGCACCCAGCAGUGGUUCCACCAGAUUAAGAGAUACGCUCGAGACUUGGGCACCUGGAGGAAAAGACGCAACGCUUUGCCCAACAUCAUGAUCAACACAAACCAGAGCCGCUCCUGAGACUAACCAUCCCCCAACGUUGUUACACUGUAAAUAAUCUGAAUCCUUCUACAGCAAAAAUAAACUGACAACAAGAAGCAUUUGAGUGACGCCACUGUUAUAACUUCAGUAAAUUUCAGUUAAAAAAAAAUCUUUCUCAAAGCCUCACAAGGGUAAGAGAAAGAUAAGGCACUUUUUUCUUACAAAGCUAUAAGUGCACCAUACUGUCAUGAAAUCACGUGUGAAGAUUUAAGUCGUAAAAAAGAAAUCAGAUUAUUGGACAACCAAAAAACUUGGGCUGUGCUUGUCAGCCUUGAUUGUAAAGACUGUUUGCUCUUGCAGAAAGAGAGCUGAGUUUUCAGUAAAUAAGGUGUGUCUGUUGAAAAGCAUGGCUGAUCAUGACUGACUGCAAAAAGAAAAAUUGUAAUGUCAUUUUUAUACAAGACGGUGUGUGGGGGAGGGGGGGGACAUUUGUUUUUGGUAUGAAGCGGUAGAGAUGUGGUCAAGAGCUUUUGUUCAGUGGUUCCUGUUUAUCAUCACUGCCCUCUCCUGUCUGUGUGCCGCCCUCUACUGUAUGUCGGCGGUAGAGCAACUUUCACUGCCAGAGAUGCAGUUGAGCAGAGCCUCUUAUUGCAGGCUGAACAGACCUCCUGUAUCACUGUGUUUAAAUGAGAACUCACGUAACAGCAAUAAUCUCUGCCAGUUUCAAAAGAAGUAGCUACUGUAUAUGCAUUUAAUUUCCCAAGAUAUCCUUUGGCAUUCAUGGGUUCAUCCUGCUUCAAUGAGCGCUGUUCUGGUCAAUCCUUGGUGUUAAGAUAAUCUUAGUGCCAUGAAAGCAGUUAGUGAGAAGUCUAGUCAAUCUCCUUUGUGGUAACAUCAUGUUUAAUAGGUAAAGUCAACCACUGCAAUUUCCUCCACUGUGUGUUAAGUCCAGAGUUUUUCAACCUUAGGUUCAGGCCCUCGUGUCAGACCUGGCCAAGGGAAAGAUGUGCUGAUAUUUGUUUGAUCUAUUUAUAGGGCUGCAACAAUCAAUUAUAUACAUUCAAUCUAUUCAUCUGAUUAAUCAUUCGGUCUACAAAAUGUCAGGAAAUGGCCUCAAUCUCAAAUUCCCAGACCCAAAGUUAUUUAAUGUACAGUUUUAUAAAGGUUAGAGCAACAUUUGAGAAACUGCAAAUGUUUUAAAUAAAUAAACGACAAACAGUUACUUGAUAGACUUUGUGUUAAACAAAUAACGUUGCAAAAAUAUGCUGUUUUUGUAACAGGAAAUCUCUCCCAUUGUUGGGGUACAUUUUGGCAUAAAGGCUGAAAAUCUCUGGUUGUCAAACUCGCCUCAAAAAAUCGUCCCAACCAUCUUGUCAUGACACGGUUUUAACUGUGUUAUUAUUAUGUGACCUAGCGAUGAGCUGUUGUGCCUUGGUACUUGAUUACUGUUAAGCUAAAACGUACUGAAAUAUUUGCAACCUGUCACAGUAGCAUUCAUCUCUGAGAUACAGACUAGACUGCCCUCUGUUGGCACUUGAUUGAAUCAAUUUUACAGGCAAUAUAAAUAUUCCUCUGACAGUCCCUGGCUGCUGAUAAUAUGUGAUCACCUGAUCCGCUCUCUUUUAUUUUAGUGUUUUUUUUAAUUUAUGAGGGCUUUAUUUUGUUUAAUGCACUUUAUUCUGUAAUAGAAAGCUCUCCAGUAUAACUGCUGGUAAGACAUGUUACAUGGUCUUGUUUAUUCACAGUUCUUCAUAUUAGAAGAAACCUAGUUGACUGAAGCUGAUUUCAGUCAAUUUCGGGUCAUCAAACCAAAACCACUAUUUAAGACGGAUGCUGUUUUAUGUUUGCUAUGAAGUAGCACUAAAAAAGAGGUAGCGAAACACUGUGUUUUGGAGGGCGGGGCUGCUCAACUCCACACCAAUACUCUUGUGCUGUCGGAGGACGCGGUUUCAGAUGAACCCUUUCAAAAUGUAAAAAAACAAAGCCUGCUGAGUGUCAUACAGUUUCUUUUGUGUUCCUCAUUUACAUUUGAAAAGACCUGAUGUAUUAUUUCCCCAAUGUAAUAUAUUGUGAAUUAUAUUAAAAGAUUUUAAACACGA